CAAAUCAUUUCAAUUUUCACUCUUUCAGUGUAAAAGAACGGCUACUGUAGAGUUUUCUAACAAUUCAACAUUUUUAAUCUAGUCUAAACUCAUCACAAGGUUUAAUAUUAAUUUUAGAUGUUUAUCUUGUAAUUUGUGUUCGUUGUUGAGUUUAAUAAAUGUCGAUCGGGUACCUAUCUAUAAUUGUAGCUCCACGUUUUGAGACUGAGUUUUUGUAACUAUUAAUACAAUUAGUAACAAUGGAAACUGAUGACAAUCAAAGUAUUCCAUUUACCAUAUUAAAAAAAUAUCAUGAUCGUAUUGUUCAGGAUAUUCAAGGAGACGUGAUCAUGAUUUUAUUUAAAAAACAAGUGUUGACAGAAAAUGAAUAUCGCAAUAUUAAAUUUGAGAGAAACCGUGAAAAAGAAGCAUGUCGUUUGCUUGAAUUAUUGCCAUCCAAAGGUCGAAAUGGUAUAAAUCAGUUCAUAAACUAUCUGUCAAUACAUUAUCCAUGGAUAGCUGGUCUCUUACAACAUUCCAUAACAAAUAAAUAUAAUUACAUGUUUUCAAAAGAAAUACAAGAGAUUUUAACUGCGGGUGAAGUACCACAAUUAUCUUCAAGACAUAUAUCACGAGUUGAACAUGUAAAAACAUUAAAAAAACUAUUAACAGAGUUAGAAGCAAAUAAUUUUAUUAUUGUCAAUGGUAUGACUGGCUGUGGAAAAUCUAGUCUAGUUGUUGAAGUGUUAAAUGAUCCUUUCAUAACAAUGCAAUAUUUCCAGGGAUUUGUGCAAUGGAUAAAUGUUGGACGAGAAAAUUCAUCACAUGCUGAAUGUAUUCAAACUGAAAUAUUAAAUAGAUUAAAUAACCAAGAACAACUUAUUACACCUCCUCUAAUUAUAGAUUAUGAGGCUACGAGAAAAAAAAUUCGACGUUUAUGGAAAGAAAAACAAUUGACUGGUUUAUUGAUUUUGGAUGAUGUAUGUAGUAAUGAAGUAGUAAAAUUCCUGGAUAUCGGGUGUAAAAUAUUAAUAACAACAAAUGAUAUCAGUAUUAUGGAUGGUAUAAUAGAUACUCGAGUAAAAUAUUUAAAAGUAAAUGAAGGGUUUGAAGAAAAGGAGACUUUAAAUUUAUUUUCAAAAUGUUUAAAUGUUGAUUUAAAGUCUUUACCAUCACAUGCGUCAAAACUUCAUAGUAUAUGCAAAGGAUUUCCAUUAACUAUUUCACUUAUUGCUUCACAACUUGAAAUGCACAGAGAAGAAGCCAUUAAUAAUACCGAUCGAUGGGAAUUUUAUUUGAAUAAGUUAUCAGAUAAAACUAGUAAACCUUUCAAAUAUAACUCUCAUAGUCAAAAUCAGUUGAAGAGUCUUGAGAAAACAAUAGAAAUGUGCAUAAAAAGCUUACCAAGUGAUCUUCAAAAGAAUUAUAGAGAUUUUUCUUUAUUUGUAGAUGAUUUGAAUAUUAAACCAGAAGUUUUAUCCAUAUUGUGGAAUAUAAAAAAAACUGAAGUUACAGAUAUUAUGUCAGAAUUAAUGCGAAAAAGUUUAGUAGUUAGGGCUUGGAAUCAACCUUUAAAUAGUUAUGUUUAUUCAAUACAUGAUUUACUUUUAAGUAAUUUAAAAAGAUUGAUAAGUCAUCAAGAAUAUAAGGAAUUGCAUAAAAAAUGUAUUGAUCACUAUAGAAAUUAUUGCAAAGGGAAUUUUGCCAAUCUUCCAAAAAAUGAUAAUUAUAUAUUUUUAUAUUUUGGAUAUCAUCUAAAAAAUGCUGAUAUGCUAGAAGAAUUUCCUAAGUGGUUUUUAAAUUUAAGGUUUAUUGAAUCAAAAAUAUGUGCAACUGGUCCUGCUGAUUUAUUAGCAGAUUUGAAAAAAUACAAAAUAUAUAUUGUUGUAAAGAGUAUUCAUGAAGAAUAUAUUAAAGAAAUUGAAAAUUUUGUUAAACGCUAUGGACCUAAUUUAUAUCGAACUAAGUGUGAUAUUGUUCAGCUGGGUCUUCAAGAACCAGAAACUUCUUUUAUAUACAAUGAAUCAUAUAAACUUGCAAAAGCUAGUGGGAAAUUAUAUUUUUACUAUGAUAUUCGACCUUCUCAAAAUUUUCAUCCAGAACCUCAUAUAUCUAUUGUCAGAGAUAAAAUCGAGACAGUUAUUUUUGGAAAUCGACAUGAUGAGGUUUUAAUUGCUACCAAUAGUGGAAGUAUAAAAUUAUGGAAUAUUAUUUCUGAUAGAUGUUUAUAUACUUAUAAUGGUCAUACCAAAAGAGUUACUCAUUUGGCAAAAAAUAAAUUGAAAAAUCUUUUUUUGUCAACAUCUGAUGACUCAACAAUACGUAUUUGGAAUAUGAACAGUUUCCCUGAAUCUGAAAAUUCUCAAACACGUACACCAUCACCCGAAACUAGGCAAGAACAUUGGCAGAAUGUUUUUCGUCAAGAUUUUAAAAGACCUAUUGAAAAUACAAAUGCUGACUGUAUUUAUGUGCUGGAACAUGAUUCACCUGUUAUUUUUGCACAAUUUUCUCCAAAUGAUAGACUAGUUGUUUCUUCCUCUACAGAUAAAACUUUAAAGAUUUGGAAAUUGAAUGACGACAAUUAUAAAAUUCAAAAGUCAAUUAUGCAAAAUCAUAUUAUCAAUAGAUGUUAUUUUGUGGAAAAUAAAACAUGUGAUAGUGAUAAAAUACUAUUUUCAACAUUUGGUUCAAUUGUAUCUAGUGGCAUAUAUGGAUGUGAAUUUCCUUUUGACCAUUGUACUGGAUUAUUGUACUUUAAAGAAAAAUUGUUAUCAUUUUUCCAUCUUCCUAGCUCAGAAGGACAAGAUAAAAUGCUAGUUAUGACACCAACUUUAUUGCAAAGUUAUGACUUCAACUGGGAAAAUGAAAAGAAAACUACACCACCAUUGGUCUACCCAAAACCAAUAGGCUACCGGCAAUACAAAUUAAUUUCUAUUUCUGAGGAAAAUACAAAUAAUUUUUCUCGGUAUAUAGCAUUCAGUUUAAGUAACAGUACAAUCAAAAUUUGUGAUUUAUCCAAUGGGUACAAUUUUUUGGAUUUGUAUAAUUCUAAUGAAGGUAUAUCAAACUUGGACUGGUUUUGGUCUAAAACAGAUCAGAGUUUUUGGUUACUUAGUGCUGCUAACAAAUCUAUUAGAUUGUGGUGUUUAAAGGAUAUUAAACAAUAUGCUUGUGCUCAUAGAACAAUUUCUACAAAUCAAUCCAACAGUAAUAUUGAAAAUAUGUGCAAAAAUGAAAUGUUAUCUCUUCAAAAUUAUAAAUUAUUUUCUGAAGAACAAAAUUUAUAUUGUUAUAAACUUCAACGAAAUUUUGAUGCUGUAUGGCUGGAUAAUGAUUCUGUAUUAGUUGCAGCUGUUACUAAAUGUGGGACAUUAAAGAUACUCUUUGAAGGCUUGGAUCAAUGGUCAAUGAUUAAUGAAAGUGUUUUAGCUUUGACAAUAGUACAUCCACAUCAAUUUUUUGAUCAAACAAUGAUAAUUGUUGCAUGUAAAAAUUUAUCCGUGUAUUGUAUGAAAUUUCAUAAAGCAGAAUAUUUAUUUAAAACUUCACAAAUGGUAGAUCAAAUUUUUGCUUGUUUUGACAACGAUGAUUUGACUAUAGCAUUUUUGUUAAAACAAUGUAUAAAAGUAAAUGAAAAAAAAAUUGAUCAAGCGAUAGAGAUUUGGUCAAAUAAAAAGAAGUAUGAAGUGUUUGUUCACGAUUUUAUUAAUUGUUUUUUAUUUCAUGAUAAAGUUAUUUUGCUGUACAACGUUCAUGGAAUUUAUAUAUUAAAUCUACGUGAUGAAUCUAAAAUAAAAUUGGAAAUUAAUUGUAUUAAAAUAAAUGGAAGCUUGAUGCUUGAUUCGUCAAACUUAGCUGUGGUUGACAAUGGCAAUUAUUUAAAAAUAUAUCAAUUAACCUCUGAUUUCUGUUUAAAUCUAAUUGACCAGUAUCCAUUACCAUUCUUAGAAUAUGAGGUCACACCUAUUAGUAUAUCUAACAACAAGAAGUUAAUUGCUAUUGGUGGACAAAAGCAUAUUGUUUUAAUUGACAACACAUUAAAAACUAGAAAAUGUUAUAAAAUUGGUCCAAACGUGAAUAAUAUACAAUCAAUGGUUUGGUCUUCAGAUAAUACACGGAUAGCUAUAAAAGAAGACAAUCAAAUUAUUACACUUGAUGUUGAGUCUGGUAAAAUAUUAGCAAGUGUGAGGUUAACAGUUGAUAAGUUUUUUGUCAAUUCUGUAUUAAAUAAAUAUAUUGCAGUAAAUACCACUGGGCAGUUAGUAAAGUUGAACUUAUAUAGUGAUAGUUAAAACAAUAAUUUGACUUUCAGUAUUUAAAUAUUAUUGUAGACACUUAAAUACAUUGAUAUCUUUCUCAAAAAGUGUAUAAUUUAUGUAUGUAAAUUAAUUUAAUACUAAAAAAUUGCCUGGUUACUUAUUGAAUGUAUCAACAAUUAAUAAUAAACACAUAACAGAACCAUUACAUGAAAUGUAUGUAUAUAUAUUGUUUUACUUAGUCUUAAAAUGGUGCUAUAAAUUUGUACAAUUA